GACCGCCUCUCCGGCUCCCCCUCAUCUCCCUACUGUGUCUGUAUACAGUGCCUCUCACCCAGGCACCCUCUCGACCCCUUCUCGCCUUCUCUUCCUCACCCCUCCUCUCAUUUCAAGAAGAACAAGAGAAAGCUAAGAACAUUUUCUAGCUCUCAAGUAGUACUCCUAUAUAAUACCAAGAAGAGAAGCAGUAAUAGUCUGGGGAGGCUUGAAGGGGGAGGAGAAGCAUCAAAUCGAAACAGACCAACAGAAUCUGAAAAAUUUACUAGUGGUAGAACAAGAUUAGUCCUUUCCUCUUCCAAAUAAUAGUGGAUUAGCUACUAGUUUAUUAGUUCCUUUCUUCUACCAAGUAGUGGAUUAGAGAUUAGCUACUAGUUUGCACCUUGAAGAGUGAUCUAGGAUGGCACCGAGCUUUGAUUUUGCGGCAUCAAUCCUCCUUUGCGCGGAGGACAACACCGCCAUUCUUGAUCUUGGCGAAGAGAGCGAGGAGAUUUCUUGGGUUGUUGGGGUUGAUGCUUCUCUAGGGGACUUGUCGAUGGAUUUCCCCUUGCAAUCCGAUGAUUGCAUCGAGGCCCUCCUGGGGAGGGAGGAGCAGCAGCACAUCCCCAUGGAGGGCUACCUCCAGCGGCUUCUGCUGCAGCCUGAUGGGCUCGAUUUGGUAGCCGUCAGGAGCGACGCCAUUGACUGGAUUUGGAAGGUACAUGAGCUUUAUAAGUUUGGGCCUUUGACUGCAGUCCUGUCGGUGAACUACCUGGACCGGUUCCUCUCCGUGUUCGAUCUUCCUCAAGAGGAGGCUUGUAUGACACAACUCUUAGCAGUAGCUUCCUUGUCUUUGGCUGCAAAAAUGGAGGAAACCGUUGUUCCACACCCCUUGGACUUGCAGGUGUGUGAUGCAAAAUAUGUGUUUGAGACUAGGACCAUAAAAAGGAUGGAGCUUGCAGUGCUUAAUGCCCUAAAGUGGAGGAUGCAAGCUGUGACUGCUUGCUCAUUUAUCGAUUAUUACCUUCACAAGUUCAAUGAUGAUGAUACUCCGUCCACAUCCGCACUCUCACGCUCAGUUGACCUCAUCUUGAGUACAUGUAAAGUUGCUGAAUUCUUGGUUUUCAGACCAUCAGAGAUCGCGGCCAGUGUAGCUCUAGUAGCAUUGGAGGAACAUGAAACUUCCAUGUUUGAGAGGGUGGCAACUUGUUACAAAAAUUUAAAGAAGGAGAGGGUAUUACGGUGCUAUGAAAUGAUUCAAGAUAAGAUUAUUAUGAGAAACAUUAUGCGCCAAUCAGCCGGCUCCGUUUUCUCCAUUCCAAAAAGCCCCAUAGGUGUAUUGGAUGCAGCUGCAUGUAUAAGCCAACAAAGUGAGGACACUUUUGUUGGAUCACCUGCAACAAAUUAUGAGAGCUCGGCGUCAAGCAAAAGGAGGAGAAUUUGCAGAUGAUUGUUUUCGUUGUACAUUUGUAGCCUUCAAGUAUGUUGCUCACCCAUUUGUUUUAAUGGACCCAAGAACAUGGUCAUUAGGACAGGUUUUUGUAGAGACGAGCAAUCUCUUGUUAUUUCGCAUUCAUGCUUCCAUAUUCAUUUUUGAGAGAACCUUGGAGAAUGGAUAUGCUUUGAUGAUUCUAAAGAAAAUAUAAAAACAGAGGAAAAGGAAACAAUCUGAGAAAGAAAA